UAUGAAAAUUAAUAAAAAUUUUGAAAUAUUUCUAAAUCCUUUUAACCUAUUUUAACUAAUUUGACCAUAGUCGCAUAUAAUCACUUUCCUUUUUCAAAAGAUUUAUGUCCGAUUUAGAUUAGUGUACGUUCGUGAAAUGGCUUGCAGAAAUGUCACCGUUCACAAUUUGUCAAAAGUUGUCAGAUAUUUUUCGCAAAAAACCGCCGAACAAGGAUAUUUAAGUAGCCAAUGGUUGAAAUUAAAUUGUGUUGUACAAUUUAUUUUACAUUUUUAGAAUCAAAAUUUGUUUCAAAGAUGGGAUUUUUAAAGGGAAAACCAUUAUAUUUAGACGCACAAGCAACGACGCCUCUUGAUCCUAGAGUUUUGGAUGCUAUGAUGCCUUAUUUGACUUACAGUUAUGGAAAUCCACAUUCUCGUACUCAUAUGUAUGGUUGGGAGAGCGAAGAAGCUGUUGAAACAGCUAGACAGCACAUAUCAGAUUUGAUAGGUGCCAAUUCCAAGGAAAUCAUUUUUACAUCUGGAGCAACAGAAUCAAAUAACAUGGCCAUUAAAGGAAUUGCACGUUUUUAUGGAUCAAAAAAACGACACAUCAUCACUACACAAACGGAACAUAAAUGCGUUUUAGAUUCUUGCCGUGCUCUGACAGGUGAAGGUUUUGAAAUUACGUAUUUACCAGUUAAGUCCACUGGUGUAAUUUCUCUUGAUGAAUUAAACUCUGCAAUACGCCCAGAUACUGCAUUAAUAUCUAUUAUGGCUGUAAAUAAUGAAAUUGGCGUUAUACAACCAAUUAAAGAGAUUGGUGAGCUUUGCAAGUCAAAAAAUGUAUUUUUUCAUACAGAUGCAGCUCAAGCUGUAGGUAAAAUUAAUAUAAAUGUAAAUGAGCAAAAUAUUGAUUUAAUGUCUAUAAGUGGUCAUAAAUUAUAUGGACCUAAAGGUAUUGGAGCAUUAUUUGUUCGACGACGUAGACCAAAAGUUUUUUUAGAACCUAUCCAGAGUGGUGGUGGUCAAGAACGAAAUUUAAGAAGUGGAACUGUUCCAACACCAUUAGUCGUAGGAUUUGGUGAAGCUUGUAGGAUAGCUAAAAAUGAAAUGGCGUAUGAUCAUGCAUGGAUGACAAAACUUUCAAAUCUACUUUUUGAAAAAAUUACCAAGGCCCUUCCAAAAGUAGUUCGUAAUGGUGAUGAUGUUCAUACUUAUCCAGGCUGCUUAAAUUUAUCAUUUGCAUUUGUUGAGGGAGAAUCACUCCUUAUGGCCCUCAAAGAUAUUGCUUUAUCUAGUGGUAGUGCUUGUACUUCUGCAUCUUUAGAGCCUUCUUAUGUGUUGCGUGCUAUUGGAGCAGAUGAAGACUUAGCCCAUUCUUCUAUUAGAUUUGGAUUUGGACGUUUUACAACUGAAGAUGAAGUUGAAUACACUGCAGAAAAAUGUAUAAAACAUGUAGAACGACUACGAGAAAUGAGUCCGUUGUGGGAAAUGCAUCAAGAUGGUAUUGACAUAAAAUCUAUUAAGUGGUCUCAACAUUAAUUUGUGAACAAAUCAAAUUUCAUUAGUGAUAACUAAUUAGAUAUGUCUGUGAUUUGUAAUUAUUAAAUUAAAAAUUAUACACUUUAUGUACACUUAAAUAUGUAACAAUUGGCUAUAGAUUAAA